AGCUCCCCGCAGCCCUCCGGCCAUGGCCGACCCUGCCGGGUCGCGGGCUGCCUCGCCGCCUUCGCCGCCCUCGGACGCCUCCUCAGCCUCCGCCCCGGGCUCCCCGGCCGGCCGGGGCUGGCGAGCCUGCGGCGGGGACCCGCUCGAGAGAGUGGAGCUGCAGAUCGGAGACGCAGCAUUUUCCCUGGCCAGGCUCCUGGAAGCCACGUCCGCAGUGUCGGCUCAGGUAGAAGAGCUUGCCUCCAAAUGCACAGAAAACGCUCGGUUCCUCAAGACGUGGCGAGACCUCUUGAAAGAAGGCUACGAGUCUCUGAAACCCGACAACUGAGGUGUCCCAUUGGUCAUCACAUUGGAGUGAUGACCAGACACCUGUGCUCCUCCUGUUGGCAGCGUCAAGAUCGCAUGAGUCGUACUUUGACCGACUUAAAGGAAGACAUCUUCUUUUUGAUGGGGAUGUGUACUUUGACAAUAGCUUUAAAAAACGUAUACCUGACAGAGCUUUCUGCGAUGCUUGUUAAACGUCGUCGGGAACUGAAAGCCUGCUUAGGAAGGGUGAGAUGUGCCAUGGUUAGCAUUUCUUGUAGUUAUCGCUCUCUCCAAAGUGCCUUAUCUGACGAGUGGCUUUGUGCUGGUACUGUUAGGGCACUCCAGGUUACUUAUGUAAUAUUUCAGAAGCGUUACUUUGCUGCCAGUGCAUCAAACCCAAGCGCUGUGGUUGCCUCAGUGUCAUUGGAUCUGAGUGACAACGUUCUGUCUCAUCUGCCCUGUAUCACAUUGCUUUGUCGUGGUCUGUGACAUGAGUUAACCGGUUGGCUGAUUUUCUGCUUUAAAUAGCUUCCGGACAUCUUGCACAGGCCGUCUAAAUUUUUUGUAAAUAAGGAGAUAUGUACAGAACCUUAUUCUGACGCCUCACAGUGGGGCUGUGGACGGGGACAGUAGGAUGGGCGAAGGACACUUAUGUUUAUUGUAUUAUGUCCUAGUUCUUGAUCAGUAUUUUUAGUUCAAAAUCAUACAUAACGAUGUGAUUUCUAUGACAAAGAAAUGCUUAUUUCAGUAUUAGUCUUGUAAAAGGUUAUCUAAAAAAUGUACAGAAAUA